UCACUCGGGGACGUGUUGUCAUUGGUACGAAUCGAAUUUCUAUCGGCGACUUUUCGGACACUCCAAUCAAGACGAUAAAUAAAAGAUAUGGUGUUUGCACGAGUUUUGUUCCUAAGAUAGCACCUGAAAUCUGCAAUCCCGAAUAACUUCUUAACAAAAUGAAAACCUAAUCGCAUUUUUGUUUCAUGGAAAUUUCUCGGCAGCAUUUGUGACCUUUUGACCCAAAACAAAACUUCAACAAUUAUGAAUCCUACAGUAACACGGUGUUUUCAUUGUUUGAAAUGUUUGAUUAGAAAAUCUGAUCGUUUUAGAAAAACUUUGAGCAAUUUAAAUAUAUUAAACAAUGUCUAUCAAGUUCGGACAAUGUCUGUGGCCACAAAACCAGAACAUGAGUGGAUUGAGCCAGUUGGGAAAAGAACUGGACUUUUGGUUUACAACUCGUUAACAAAGCGAAAGGAUGAACUGAUUCUUCCAAAAGGAAAUACACUCUCUUGGUAUGUGUGUGGUCCCACAGUUUAUGAUGCUUCACACAUAGGACAUGCCAGUAACUAUGUUAGAUACGACAUCGUCCGGAGAAUUCUGACAAAUUUCUUUGACAUCAAUGUGAUCUAUCUUAUGGGAAUUACUGACAUUGAUGACAAGAUAAUCACAAAAGCAAACUUGCUUGAGCAGGAGUUCACGGCUAUAACAUCUCACUAUGAGCGGGAAUUCUUUCAAGAAAUGUUAGCGCUGAACAUCAUGCAACCAACAGCCACGUCUAGGGUUACAGAUUAUGUCCAGGAGAUUAUAGACUUCAUACAGACUAUACUAAACAAAGGACAUGCAUACGUAGCUGAAGACAAAAGUGUUUAUUUUGAUGUAGUCAAGUAUGGUAACUAUGACAAGUUUGUGCCCGGUCUGGCCAAUACAGCAACUCCAGGAGACCCGGGAGUAAAAAGAAGUGUUCGAGAUUUUGCUUUGUGGAAAUCUGUAAAGCCUGGGGAGCCGUACUGGUCUUCACCUUGGGGCCCUGGCAGACCUGGCUGGCAUAUAGAGUGUUCUGCAAUGGCAAGCCGUGUGUUUGGAAGCAGCAUAGACAUCCAUUCCGGAGGUAUGGACUUAAUGUUUCCUCACCAUGAAAAUGAGCUUGCCCAGUCGUGUUCCUAUCAUGAUGUUCGACAAUGGGCAAACUACUGGAUGCAUACAGGUCAUCUUCACCUGCAGUAUGAUCCGGAUAAAAUGUCCAAGUCUUUGAACAAUGUUAUUGCAACAUCAGAACUACUGGAGAAGUACUCGGCCAAUCAGUUCAGAAUGUUCUGUAUGCUCACACAUUACAGAAAUAAUAUAGAAUUUACUGAUUUGAAGAUGGAAAAAGCAAUACAACUGGACAACAAGAUUGGCAAUUUUCUACAGUUAUGUAAUGCUUACAUAAAAGGACAGUCACCAGGGGGCAAUAUACCAGAGGCAGAAACAAUGCAGAAGCUGGCAGAGACUGAGGAAAGAGUGAGGACACACCUAAAAGAUGAUUUCAACACACCUGAAGCUAUGACAGCCCUCUUUGACUUAAUAUCAAAUAUGACAGUAGGCUUUAGUCAGACUGAUGGUGAAUGUAGAAGUCCUGGUGUGGUAGCAGCUGUGCAGGUCUAUGUCAAAAGGUUGUGUAAGAAACUUGGCUUCCAUAAGAAAGGCUGGAAGAUGUCCCAAGACCCCGACAAUAUGAAGUUAAAAGAGGUACUGGACAAUACAGUCAAGUUCAGGUGGAAUGUGAGAAAUUUUGCAAUCAAACAGUCCCUCCCAGGAACAGAAUCACUUCCAAAGAAAGAGAGAAAGAAACUGGAGAGUGAUUUCUUCUCUCCGCUGUUGACAAGCUGUGAUAACCUUCGAUCUGAAUUGUCUCAUUGUAAAAUAUCUGUUAAGGACCAUAAGACCUACUCAUCGUGGGAGUUUGUAAAUGCAGGAACGAUAUCAGAUGAAUCACAAUGGGAAGAACCAGACAGCCCACAGAUAUCAAAGUAUGAAGAUCAAAAUAUUGUAGAAAAUGACAAAAAUAAUGAUAGUGUAUCACAAAGUAGUGUAUCAUCAAAAGAAAACAGUGAUCAAACAGGAAGUCAUGAAAGAACUUGAAAAGUAUUGUGACAGACAGUGAACAGAAGUGUUCAUUAUCACAUUGAAAGUUGCCAUAGACUUGUUUGCAAACUAGGAAUGGCUAGAAAUCUUUAAUAGGGAAUUUGUAGACCAGUUACAGAGUUGCAUGUUGUCAUUUAUGGAGCUCCCAACCAACCAGUCAGAUGCUGACUUUUAAGACUGGUCUCCAAACUCUGUUUAUUAAGACUGGUUUCUAAAAAUUGGGAGUGUGACUCAAUGCAGACCUGGAGCGUCUGUAUGAAUUACAGACUCCGGUAAAUACCGGAUUCAAACAAUUUUGAACGAAAAGUAUCAUAAAUAUAUAUAUUUUAUAACCAUAGUAAUACUAACCCUAACCUUUAGUCAGUAUAUUAUACAUAUUACACACUAAAUGCGUGCUGACAUGGUCAUGCAAUAAAUUGCAUAAUUUUGUCAUGCGCUCCUAUUGAUAAUCACUUCCAGACAUGCGCAGAAGACCGCUCCAGCUCUGCAAUGAACAAUGUCACAGUUUUACACCCUUUGGUCCGGAAAGUAUGCUCAAGGAGCCAUUGUUUUUGAAUUCAUUGAAGUUUGUUAUGUUUGUAGUUGUUUUCUGUGUGAAUAAUAAACAUACUGUCACACAUAUCAUUAUGAUUUUUGGUGAGGAUCUGGUAAAGUUAUAAUGAAGUAGUGGAUAAAAAACCUGCUGUGUGUGCCUGCUUCUCUGGAUGGCUUCUCCUCUUUCAUCUUGUUCCCAUCAAAUUCAGAUUGAUAGGUACCAGCCUUACUUAGCUGUGCAAGGUACCAGCCUUACCUAGCUGUGCAUUCCACAAUUUUGGUUGAUAUUUGACCUAUAUUUAUGACACACAUCCCGCCUUCAAAGAAGAGGUGGUAUAUUGUUUUGCUUAUUUCUGGUUGUCAGAUGACCAUUUGGUUAAAGAUUGAUAAGUGAAAGUGAACAGAAGAUGAUCGGCAUUGUGUUGGGGGUUCACAACAUCAAAGGGCACUGUCGCAGUGACCUUAGGGCUGAAAAACAAGUUUUGAUGAAAGAAAAUCUUGAAAAAUUGAUAAUCAUGGGUGUUAAGUUCAAAAUACCAGUUAUUUUAUUGUCCAAAAUCCAGAUUGUUAGCUGUUUUGACCAGUGUUUCUUCUUGUUAUAUAAUUUAUGCUAAAUCAUGUUAAAUUAUAUUAAUUCUACUAACAAGCAAUUGUUGAAAUAAUUAAUUGUCUUGGGUGUUUUGACUGUUCUAAGGCUAAUAAUUGAAAUUAAUAUCUAUACUGAGAUAUGCUAGGCUAGUUUGAAGUGUUGGAUUGUUGUGGUUUUACAUCUCUUCACAAGAGUUAUGUUACAGUGAUGUCUGUCUGUCUGUCUGUCUCUGUUAGAUGAGAUAUCCACAUUUUCUUUGCCAUACAUGCAGAUGUUGACCUAAUAUAAACCAUUUGAUGAGAAUGAGUGUCAUGAGGACCAACAUAUCAAGUUUUUAUGUUCUUGUGUUUUCACCCACCAUGAUUGUUUUGUGUUGAAUUUUGGUUGGCGUAUAGUAAGUUUCUACAGAUUAAACUUGAUUCCACUCUUAAAAUUGCUAGUCAGGUGAUGACGAAUGCACUUGAGAAGUUUUAUAUAGUUUUGCACCCUUAACUCCGAUACUGAGCUAAUUUUUGAGUUGCAGGUGUGAAAAAAAAAUCAGAAAAUAUAAGUAGAGAGCCAUGACCACUAAAAGUCUUCCAGCCAUAAACAGGCCGCAAUUAUUUUGCUUAGUUGUGUUCUAUGCUUCCAGAUGAUCUCAUUACAGAUUUUAAUGUAUCAUAUUUAGGACAGAGAUGAUUACUCGGUUAAUCGGAUUCGAUUCGAUUACUAGGUAAAACCGGUUUCAAUUUUGCAAAACUGCUAAUCGCUCUCAAAAAAUAAACAUCACGAGUCGUACUUUAUCUUUAAACAUUUCUUUGACCAGCACAUAGAUCCACAGUAUAUUUCCGCUAAAACACAUCAACUUGAACAUAAUCAAUAAUCUUGGAUUUGCAUGUCGUGAUAUAUUUGAAAUAAAAUACACCAAAAUAUGACUUAUCAAUUGUCGUACUGCUUGCAAACGAUAAAGUCGGUAAGUUACUAAUGAAGUCAGCUGCCGGAAGUACCUUGAUAUGGUCGUCAGGAAAUGAAACAGCAUUUUUAAUAUGGCGGCCGAUUAACUGGUUUGAUUUGAUUUCAAACAGAUGAUUAACUGGUUUCAAAAUUUUGAAAUCGGCCCAGCCCUUAUCAUAUUACGUGCAUAUUAUGCUAAUUGGCAUGUGCUUACAUUCUUUUUGGGUUUAUCUACUUUUACUUGACAUCUGUCUUCAGUUGUUCCAAUCGUACUUCAUUUAACAAUUUUAUAACAAGUUUUUCUACAUUGUUUCUGUUUUUUUGAAUACUUGAUGAAAGGUAUUAUUUUAUUAUUAGUUCAAGUAACUCUAAAGAUGGAUAGAAGAACCAUUUUUAUAUUCUAAGUAAUUCCAACUGAGUCCAUUAUGUAGGUGUAUUGGAACAGCAUUCAGUUAUUGUUGACAUCCAUUUUUUCACACAGCUUAUAUUUCGACUCCUUUUUUGAGCUCACAUGAACAUUUUCAAGUGGUAUAAUUGAAUGAUUUGGCAUCCAUCAUCCUGCAUAAACUUUUACCCUUCAACAUCUUCUCAGAAACAUUGGUCAAAAUUACACCCAACUUGGUCAGUAGCAUCUAUCAAGUUUUGUAAAGAAUUUAUCUUUGCCCCAUUUAUGGGCCACCAGAGCUAAAAAUAGAACACCUUUUAAAUGAUUACUUCUCUUGAAGCACUUGAUGGAUCUUCAUCAACUUUAGUCUAUAGCAUCAUUGUAAAGUCGUUUUACUCGGGCAUGAAAAAUUAUUUUUUGAUAAAAAAAACUUGAUCAGUAAUAUCCUCGAUACAAAUAUAUUUUGAGGUUUUCAGGAAGAAUGAAUGGGUUGGUUUUUGGAACACAUAGAAUCGAUGAAUCAAAAAGUUAUUCUUUGUUAAUGAAGGAGGUUCCAGCUAUUUUCUGAUGGAAGAUGGCAAAUUUUUGGGAGCAGGUAAAAGUAAAGUCAACACAAUUAUGUACUGUGAUGAUAAGAGAGUUUGAUGUUGAUUAUUAAUAAGUUUUGAUGGUAUUGAGCAUAUAUUUGUUCUUUUUGUAUGCAGUAUUUGAACUCCAGUUUGUUAAAUAUGUAUGUUAUGAUUACCAUAAACAGUGAAACGAU